AUGUCCUCGGACUCCACGUGUCCCUCGUUAACACGUGGAUGUCCUCCGAAUCCACGAAUCCACGAAUCCAUUGUUAUUUUUAAGGCCAAACUCUCUAGUGAAGCUCUGGGCAAAGGUGAACCGUUUAAGAUUACCAAUUCAAUGCUUAAUACUAUAGAAAGUAAUCAGUCAGAGACCCUUUCUGUUCUGGCCCUUAAAGUUGAAGCUCUUGGUAAAGUUGAAAGCCAACUUGCCCUAUCAGUCUUUGGUUGCAGCGAGAAGGAGACCCCAUUGAUCAAUUGUUUGGAAUGGGUGCAAUAUGAACAUGUAGACGGACAUUGGUCUUUCAAGCAACUCAAACGUUUAGCGAUACCUCACGGCUUGGAUUACGCUUCUGUUUUAAGCCCUGGUAAAGCGCUAUACCUUAUUGCCCGAGAACCUCUUGGCAUUAUAUUCGAUUCGAACAAGGAUGUUGCUGCGCCUUUAGCAAAUAGCGAAACGAUACAAGAUGAAGCCGAAACUAAGAUUGCCUACACUUGGAUGGAAAGCCCAGAGGAAGUGACUGUAUGGAUAACAUUUAACAAACAGACGUCGAAGCACGAUUUAGUCGUCAAAAUUGAAAGUCAGGCAUUGAAAGUUGUGUAUAAAAAUCAAACGUAUUUGAUUGGCGAGUUGGCUCAUCCCAUUUCGGUCGAGUCCAGUACGUGGACACUGUCGGAUGCGAAACUGGAGAUUAUCUUGUCAAAAAUUGACAAGUCACUGAGUUGGAAUCAUCUUAUUCAAAGUGAUCUUCGUGGUCGAAAAGUCUUGGACCCCGAAACAGCUGCCGAUUAUGAAAGCGUAAUUAAUAUGGACAUGAAAGAAACGCAAGCAGAGGGCGGUGGUCGACCUCCCGUCUUCAGCAGUGAGCAACUAGAAGAAUGUGAUGAUAUGCCCAUGGAUGAGUCGUGUAUUUUUCGCUUUGACGGAGAAACGAACGAAUUCACGCACAAAGCAAUACUGAGUGGACAGCUUCUGUUUUUUACUCAGUCGGCUCCUGGAUUGGCACCAGCCUUCUGCUUACGUCACGACGUCGAUGGUCUUAUUUGGCAGCCUAUGGGCGACGAACUAGAACUAUCCUGGCGAUGCUUGCACACGGCUUCACUGCAGGCCUUGGGCUACAUCCAGGUUUCUAAGGAACAACGGAAAUUUACUGUAGCACCGCCUAGUAAAAAAAAAACCUUAGCGAAAAUUUCUGUUCGGGCCCUCUAACAUGUUUCAAAUUUUGUUGAUAUGACGUACGCAGCUUUACGCGAUGCCUUCAGUCAUGUUUACAUAUACCGCCAAUCGACUUGCACUUCGGCUGGAGUGGAAAUGGUGCAUCGACCUACAGGCCGACGGGUAGGUAACAUUGCCCGUCAACAAGUUCUCAAUAUUGAUAGUUCAGAAGAGUGUCUCGAUGCUCUGGCGACAAACAGUUUUUUGCUUCUUCUGACAUCUUCCUCUCUUUUUGCUAUUCGUGUAAAUAGCGAUUGA